AGGAGAAGGACAGAAGAGUCAUGCAAAGGACGGAUGUGAGAUUUAUGCCUGAGGAAAAGACACUGAUCUCUGCCUGCCGAGGGAAGGCAGGGCCGGGAUCCGCCGGGGCGCUGCGGCUCCGCUCGGGGUUCCAGCUCCGCUCGGGGUCCAGCUCCGCUCGGGGUCCAGCUCCUCUCGGGGCUCCAGCUCCUCUCGGGGUUCCAUCUCCUCUCGGGGUCCAGCUCCUCUCGGGGCUCCAGCCCCGCUCAGGUUCCAGCGAGGCCCCGGCGCCGCCCUCAGCGCCGCCGCCCGGGGCCGUUGCUGUGGCAGCGCGGCGCGUCCGGGAAUGGCGGCGGCGCCUGAGGGCGGCCAUGGUGCGCAUCACUGAAGAUCUUGUUAGAAGACGUGCAGAACAUAACAACUGUGAAAUUUUUUCACUGGAAGAAAUCUCUUUACAUCAGCAGGAAAUAGAAAAGCUUGAGCAUCUUGACAAAUGGUGUAGAGAUUUAAAAAUUCUCUACCUUCAGAAUAACCUCAUUCCAAAAAUUGAAAAUGUGAGCAAACUAAAGAAGCUGGAAUAUUUAAAUGUAGCUUUGAACAACAUUGAAAGAAUUGAAAAUCUGGAAGGCUGUGAAGAAUUGAAGAAACUUGACCUGACAGCAAAUUUCAUUGGUGAACUCUCCAGUAUUGAAUCCCUAAAAUGCAAUAUUCAUCUGAAGGAAUUGUUUCUGAUGGGUAACCCAUGCACUGAAUUUGAAGGUUAUAGACAAUUUGUAGUGGCAACUCUUCAGCAAUUAAAAUAUUUGGAUAGUAAAGAAAUAGAACGUUCAGAGAGGAUUAAAGCCCUUCAAAACUAUCCAGAAGUGCAAUGGAAAAUCAGAGAACAGGAAGAAGCUUACCUUCUCAAAAGGGCCAGAGAAAAGGAAGAGGCUCAAAAAAGGAUGCAAGAAAGAAAGGAUGAGAAACAGAAACAGAUGGACUUUAAGCUUGGAUGUGACAGUCCAGACUCCCCACAGGAAAAACCCAAUCAGGCAGAAGCACAUGGAGAGCGGGAAAGAUGCAGAACAGUUGAAAAUGAUGAUGAAGAAAGAAAAUUUUGGGAGGAGCCUACACCAUACACUCCAGAAUCUAGAUUAGAAACUCACAGAUAUAUUGAAGAAAAACGGAGAGCUAAAGACAAUGUAAGGGAAUCGAAAAAGAGAGAGAAGACUCCUUGGACAUUGGUCACUGCAGAAGGAAAAGUUCUGAAUGUGAAUGUGCCUAAGCUUCAUUUCUCUCUGAAAGAUGAUGAAGAAAACAACCAGAUCAUCUUGGAUCUUGCUGUUUACAGACAUUUGGACACUUCUCUACUUGAUGUUGAUGUGCAGCCAACUUACAUACGAGUACUGGUGAAGGAGAAGCCUUUUCAGCUUGUGCUCCCUGAGGAAGUGAAGCCAGACAGCAGCUCUGCUAAAAGAUCACAAACAACUGGCCAUUUAGUUGUCACCAUGCCAAAGGCUAAAGAAAUAAUCCUGGCUAAGCAAAAAGUUUCUGCUUCAAUUAAACAUUCUGACUGCAAUACACAGCAAAAAAACACAAGAAGGAGUGGACAAGUUGAGAAGUUGGAAGUGGAUCCCAGUAAAUAUUCAUUCCCUGAUGUGACAAAGAUAAUCCAAGAAAAGGAACGAACUGGACAGGGACCUAUAAAGCUCCAACCACAGAAGGUUACAGAGGUUAAGAAGUGCUGUGUGGAUUUUGAAAAAAAUGAAGAUGUUCCUCCCUUAAUUUGAAACAUUCUGAAAUAUCCCCUCUACAAUUAAUGUGAAUGCUUGUGUUGAAUUCAUGGCCCUAUGUGUAAAUAAAAUAAAAUAGAGCUGAAGUUGGCAAUAUCAUUACAUUUCCUAUCAAUAACUUUUUUUAUGCUGAUGUUUUCUGCUGCAUUUUCUGUUAGUAUAUUGCUUUAUUAAUUCUUUUUUCUAGAUUGUUUACUUAGUAUCUCUGAAAUUAGAAUAGGGGCCUUAUAUCAGAGAUUGUCAUUUCUUAAAACAAUUUACUGUCUGGGUUGGGAGAUGACACAUUACUGUAGAAAAAGAGAAAAGGAAGGAAGGAAGGAAGUACUUGUAACAAGAAUUAGGAUUUUUCUCAUUAAACUAAGGAUAGGAAAAAUCUGUGUACUCCUUCAGUGUUUUCAUUUUCAUGACAGAUAACAGUAGAAGAAAAGGGUAUGGUUGGAGUAAGAGAUUGCUAUAAACUACCAUUCAUCACUGAAUCUCCAACAUAAUGCACAACUCCUGGAUUCUGGAGCUUUCCUAACAAUCCCACUCCUUGAAGAUUUUGGGAGAGAAUAAAGAGAAACUUCAAGAAAAAAACAACUAAGUUGAGUGACCUACAUUACCUUGUUUAUGCAUUUGUAAUUGUUUAUAAUGGAAGGCUUCAUUUGGAAGAGAAAAUGCUUUAGAUUCAAAUCAGCUUUUGCUUUUAGUCAAGAGCAAGCAAGGUCAGGAAGAAUGAAACAAUAUUUUCUGGUUAAAACUUGUUUUCCUCCUUAAGAUAGAAGAGUAAUAGGUUGCAGUUAUAACUGAACACUGUUUAAGUUCAGAUAGCGCCCACAGUAUCCUCAGCACAUAGUCACGUUGAUAACACAGCCUUUGAAAGUGCUGUGUCCCUAAAUGUGAAAAACAUAGUGCAAAAACCUCAGCAGUUUGAAUGAAAAUAUUCCCAUUGAAUUCUGGGAAGUUUUAGCCACUCUAAAGUGUUUUCUAGUUCUUCACAGAUGUUUAAUGUAAGAUAAAGAUAAAUAGUCUGUCUUAAAGUGGUCUGAAGAGAAGCAGAA